UGGAGAAGCUAAUGUGGACACUAUAAUGUGGUUUCUUAUAGGCGGACACUAUCUAAAUCUAUGAGACCUCUACAUGUGAUGGCUGUGACUCGUCGCUCUCAGUGUAAAACAGAUCUUUUUUGGAUGUUUUUCAUUUUUCGGAUUUUCCAACCAUUUCCCUUCUCGUUUCUUUGUGAUUAAUUUCCGACUCUUUUCUACUUUGUUAUUUCCAUCGCGUUUACAAGGACGUGAUCAUUUUUUACGCUCUUUUGGUAGAUUCAUCAUCGUUUUUUCAUGAUUGAUUCUGUAGUUCUUGCAUCGUCGAUCAUCAUAAUAAAAAUAUAUUAACACGAAGAACAAAGUCUUGUUCUCAUUCGAAAACAAAUACCAGAAAGAUGCCUUCCAACAGCGCUUCGCGUAGCCGCUCUCCGCGACGAGAUUGGCGAGACUUGUGUCAACAGGCUGCCAGGCUCUUCAAGAGCGGGAAGCGCGCUGUGGAUAACGAGGAUUCUCAAGAAGGUCACGUGUUGAACGAUGCGCGCAACCGGCAGGCUGACCUCCAGGAGGCCGCGCGUAUGUGGCGUCUUGCGCUGGAACGGUGUGGAACUAAGGAUGGGCGACCAAAGAGUGCCGAUGGUCAAGGAAGCACUACUAAUGUGGCUUCCCUUUGGGCUGACGCGAAGGUGAUCACUCGAAACCUAGCGAAAUGUGAGACGCAGCUGUCGUGCGUGGCUUUGAACGCGCUAGCAUCUGGUUCUGCUGUGGAACGAGCGCGCUACCACGUGAAAAACGUAGCAGGAUUGGCCACCCGAAAGUACAUGGCAGAAGGCGAAGCGACAGAUAUCUUUCGAUACUUCGCAGAAACUGUACGGGACGAAGUGUCCGCAGGUGAAACGCGCUUUCGCAUGCUACGAGCGUUUCUCGAGGAGUGUAAGAAGGUUGUGGUCGACAUGGACACGUUUUUGGGAGCCGUUGCGAGCAGGAGCACAGCAGGUUUGAAUAGUAUGACGAUGCAAUUUGUGAGUUUCACUUAAUUCUUUGCACAUGGAUGUCAUGGAUCCAUCAAAGUCCUGUUCAAACUCAAACUCAAUCACGAGGUAGUACGCAGAGCUAUGAUUUGGCGCAGCACCUACGGACUGAGUGCGUGCGCGAGCUUGUGGCUCGACAGCUGCAGUGCUGCCAUCGCGUGCUCGAGAUGGUCGACCUGGGCCAGGUGCGUGUGUGUUUCGACGACGACGAUUUAGCAGCCCUUGUGCGCUCAGAGUCGCUCGUACAAGAGGCUUGUCGGUUGCUCCUGGCGGAAGACGAUUUUCCGCCACCAGAGCUUCUCAGUGACGCUAAAUUUCUGUCGCACCGUACAGCCGCAGCCCUGGGUCUCGCACGCGCGACGCGCAGACUGCGCGACGCAAUGAAAGCCUCUUCGGACACCAGCGAUCUGACCGAGGUCUACCACGAUGCGCUUGACGAUCUGGUUCUCUCUGGACACUGA